AUGUCACACCAUAGGGAAUCUCUUGGCCAUAAAGUUGAAAUCAUCUAUAGUCUUCUUCAAGUGAUAGUCUCGUCUUUCUUUUCUCCUUUGGAAGGCGUUGUGAGUAUCUUUGUGCAAGGAUCUUCCCUUUUUGGUGGCAUUCUCCCUCUUAUUCCAGUGGUUAACCUCGUGGCUCUGUCUUGGUCGGCUCUACUCUCACUUCAUCCCAAAUCACUCUUGGGUCGGUCUCUCUUACAACAAAGACGGGCGCGGCAUGGUUGUGCUUUGAUCGGUUGUCUUUGCCCGGUUAAGACCUUCUCUUCCAAUAUGGCUAAGGCGAUUGCUUAG